UUCUCACACCGGUGCUCCAUUUGCUCGCGAGGGUGACUAUUUGGGGAGAUAAACUGCUCGCGCCUCGCUCACUAGCCGCUCUCACCGUUUUUCUCUCACGCGCACUUGUCAACAAGCUCACCUUCCUGCUUCUCAGUCCACCUCUGUCUGCCUGGAGGGAAAAAGGCGAGAGUUUGUUCUCCAUCCUCACUUUGACCUGCAAGACUGUGAAUAACUUUAAGGCAUUUGGAAGUUUUCCUUUUUGGACACAUUUUUCAACCUUAAAAAGUAGCCUAAGUUUCACCUGAAGCUCGGGCUUAGAAGAUGUUGGAUCGUAGCAAGCUAAUUUCAAUGUCACGGCUGUUUGGAUUCCUGGCUUGUCUAUUGGUGACCCCUGUUGUUAAUGCAGACGGUCGAGUGUUUGUGGUGAACCUGAGGAACUCCUCCGGCCUUCAGGGCUUCAGAGAUGCCGAGCGGGCUUGUGCCUCCCAACAUGCUCGCCUAGCAUUAGCACAGGAGCUCCAUCACGCUGUGGUAGACUGCUUCUUCUCCCCGUGCACCCGUGGGUGGCUCUACGGAGGCUUAGUAGGGACUACGGUGUGCAACUUUGUGGGCAGUGCUCUUAAACCAGUGGAUGUGAGAACAGAAAAUGCCACAGAGGAAACUUCACACCUCAACGCCUUUUGCAUUAAAGACAGAGGUACCCCUUGUGGUGACCCUCCAUCCUUUCCUAAUGCCCAUCUACAGGGGCACAGUGGGUAUGAGAUGGGGGAUGAGCUACUUUACACCUGUGUGCCAGGUUAUUUAAUGCCCAGCGGACACAGGGCCUUCAGCCUGCUGUGUGACAGCUGUGGGGAGUGGUACGGACUGGUGGAGAUUUGUGUCAAAGAUGAAACUGAGGGUCAUGUUGACUAUGAAGACAAGUUCACAGAUUCAUAUGGAGAGGCAGAGCACCACAAUGUACCAGAGGAGGCUCACGGCGAGGUGUAUGAAGAGGUGCAUGGGGCGUUCCCAAGUCAAGAGCCACUAGAGACGAGCCUUAGUGACAAAGUGGAGGAUGAACUUCAAGAUCAACAUGAACACCAUGAUGUGGAUGGAGAGUUGAUUGAUAUAAAAUUUGAGACAGGAGGAAAAGACGAGGAAAGGCCUAUUGAGGACUUUGUAGGCCAUCCAAAUUGGGAACAAGGGAGCAGGGAAGUGGCCACAACUGAUGUAGCUCCAGCAACGCAGGCCCCAGUUUCCAUCCUCUCCCAGAAGCACCUGUUCUGGUUCCCCUCUGAGGCAUUCCAAGAGGAAGGCCAUCCUAUCUCUACUAAUCCAGGCACACAGACUAUACAGAGGGCCUCAGGUGCACAAUCAGAAGAAAGCAAAGAGCAGGAGAGCCAAGAAGGGCACGACCACCGGCAGUAUCCUGUUCAUAUUGACGACCAUGAACAUGCACCAGAUGAUGAUGAUCAUGACGCAGAUGAUGGAGAUGAUCAUAACAACAACGACCAUGAUGACGUGUAUGCCCAUGAAGACAGCCAUCAUGAUGAUCAAGAUGACCCUGUUAGUCAACAAGAAGAGGAUGACCGUGAAGAUCCUAUUAAACAUUACAUUCCAGCUCAGCAUGAUCGAAGGGACCGCCAUGAAAAACAUGACGAUCAUGACGACCACUAUGACAUGGGUGAACAUGAAGAUGAGAGGGAUCGCAUUCGCUAUGGAAGCCAGGAGUAUGAUGAUCGGGAUGAUACUUACAAUGAAAAUGAGAGUUAUGAAGAUCCCAAGGAUUUAACGGAUGAUCAGCAAAAUCCUGAUGGAUCAGAGGAGCAUCCAGACCGAGACGACCAUGAUGACGACCAGCACAAGGAGGUGGAAGAUUUCACUGAUCACGAUGAGCAUGAUGAUCAUGAACAUGAUGACCAUGACAGUUAUGACGAUAAUGACAGCCAUGAGGAGGUCGAUGAUGGCCAUCAGCAUGUAAUCUUCUCUGUAGCGAAAGAUAGUCGUCACAACAUCACCCAGAAGGUGACAGAAGGGAAGGCGACCACAGAUGACACUUGGCUGGAUGGCUACCCCGUUGUUGCAGUAGAAACAGAAAAUGGUGAUUCCACAACAGCAGGACCUCAGCCAGAGAGGGAGACUACAGACAAACCCAAUAAUGUGGAACUUAGUAGGCCUAUCCCAUACACAGACUCACCAGAGUCUUCAGAGUCUCACACUGGCCCUUCCUUGGAACAAGAGGGUAUGGAGAAGAUGCUGCCAGGCUUAACCAAUACUCCUGCACCCUCACAGCCUUCAGAUUCCCCUUCAUACCUGGACACCCUGGACUAUGACACUCAACAAGCUGCUCCCACUCGCCCCUGGCUUGGUGGCCCCACUGAGCACCCCUUCCUGGACCAGGACCCAGCUCCACCGAUGAAGGAUGGCGACAUCCUCACCGGAGUGAUUGAGGAGCACACUUUGCCCAUCCUCCCUGGUGAGAGAGGCGAAAGAGGCGAGAUGGAGGGAGAGAUGGGGGAGGCAAUGUGUACAGGCGAAAACUGCACCGCUCCCCCUCCCACCUCCUCCAGUCGUGGGCCCACAGUGGCAGCCAUAAUCGCAGUAAUUUGCAUGGUUGCCGUGGCGGUCCUAGUCGGAGCUUGGUGUUACCGGCGGCAAAAGCAGAAAAGCUCGAUGUAUGAAAUGAAUGGGAAGGGUCAAAGUCAGAGCAGGCAGGGCCAACAAAUAGAGAUGCAGCAGAAAGUAUAAAGAGUGGGAAGAAGAAAGAGGAAGGACUCUGACUGAGGACAGAGACAUUUAGGAGAGUUUUGAAGUUUCAGAUGAAUUUAACAGGAAGCUGCCCCAAUCAUGCCAUAAAAUACUGCAGAAGUGAAGAUUUGAAGGGAACUUAAAAACAGAUAUCUGCCAUGGCCAUGUAGCAAGGCAGAGAUGCAAAAACUUCUUUUUGAAAACAGGGAGACCUGAGGUUUCACAAAGAGAGACCAAACAAGAUCAUUGCAGUACUGCCUCUACCAUUCAUCAACUUUAAGGAUAUUUACUAAAUUUGUUAUGACUACCCAAAAUUUUCUGACUCUUCUAGGCUUGCAAACUGGACAUAUUAGAGGCUCAACUCCGGGGACUGAAAGGGUCAUUAUAAAGAUAUGACCAUAUAGGAAAACCACAAGACACAGGAAGGCAGUCCCUCUCUGCCUGAAUAUAUGAACUAAGACUUUAAACUCCAAAACUUGUGGUAAUGUGAUCUUUUUGGCCUUUGCCUUUAAUGGAAAGGACAGGUGAAGAGACACAGGAAAUGAGGGGAGGAGAGAGCGGGGAUGACAUGCACCAAAAUGGUGACAGGCUGGAAUUUGAACCAGUGCCUUGUGCAUCAAGGAAUUUGUCUAUAUGGGGUGUCUGUUCUAACAACUCAGCUCUACUGGUACCCCCUGUUUUUGUUUGUUUGUUGACUCUGAAACUUCUUGUCAGCUGUUGAUUUAGUUUUGUUGGUCUUGAUUUCAUUUGUUUUUUUGUUUGAUCCAUUAUACUGAUAAAAACUGUUUUAAUCUCCAUGACAAUAGUACAGGUAAUAAAUGACAAAGCUGCCUCCAAAAAAGCAUGACCAGAGUUAGGGGGAUAAUGAUAAGAGUUAGAGCAAAAUAGAGCAUUGACCAAGCAUCCAGGAGUUAAAAUAGUGUUACGGGUUAAAAACAUAAUACCUACUAGCCCCUAACAUCCAGUUUAUAAUAGAAAGAGACAUUCAGUUGAAAAAAAGGACUGGUUUUCAAGACUGGAGAUUCAAGCUGGGUAAGCUCACCUGCAUGCCGGCCAACUGGGCUUUGAGCCUGAUUCGCUCUAGAUGGCGAUGCGAUGAUCGGAGAGCCCAAGCUUCCCUUGAGUUCAGUUUUUGUUUGGUUGGUUUCAUUCAAGUCCGUGGGUGAGUUGGCUGUAGAGACCGGUAACAAGCGAGUUGGCGUCUUCUCAGUCUCUCGGCGGCAGCAAUCUACCUGAGUCUUGUGAUAUCAUUUAAAGGUGACACAGCAGCAGCUUCACACGCACUGCUGGCAUGGUGCAUGCAAUCCAGUGACAUUUCCCACAUGAAAACCAGUUCACAACAAUUUAGAAAACAGAGAAGAAAAGAAGAAGAACUCUAUGAUGCUUAUAAUUCCAACCAGGAGAUGGAGAGGGAAAAAAAGGUGUGAGAUAGCAGGUAGGCAGGUGAAACAUUGAAAGUCUCUGGCUCUGUAGGUUUUGGCAAUCUGCUGAUGAGAGAUAAGAAAUGGCAGUCCAUGAAGAGUGGGUAAUCAACCUCCUAUAGGUCUGCAUGUUUGACAAAAAGUGUGUGUGGUUGUGUGUGCAUCUCAGGUCCGUGCCAUCCAUCGGUCAGCUAUACAUCAUAUUUACUGAUGGCUUUCAGACUAGCCAGAGGUCAAACAUUAUGGUGCUACCAUGGAAACAGAGAAAAACUAAGAUCCCAACCUGCUUUCUUGUAGUUUAAUUUUAAAUGAUUCAAAAAUAGUGUCUAUAAAAAGUAUUCAACUCUUUGAUAUUUUACCCUUUUAUUGAUUUUAUAAAUCAACAAUGGUUAAUAAUUUGGCUUCUUUGGCAAAAGAAAUAACAAAAAAAGCUCUUUAAUGUCAAAGUGAAAACAGACUUUUACGAUGUCCUGUCAAUCAAAUGAAAAUAUGUAAUGUAAAACAACUGACUGCAUAAAUAUUUACCCCCUUCAAGUCAUUAUUUAGUAGAUGCACUUUUGGCUGAAAUUACAGCACUGACUAAGUGUGGACAGGUCUCAAUCAGGCUUGCACAUCUGGGCACUGCAGUUUUACUCUAUUAUUUUUUGCAAAACUGCUCAAACUCUGUCAGG